AUGGAAAGUUACUUACGUUCCACAGAUCCGGUCUUAGCGCAAUAUACAACUAUUCCAAAUCUGUUGCAAAAAUGGGCGACCGAGGAUCCAAACAGACUAGCAUAUAUUAUUUACAACAAAGGACAUUUACCAAAAACAAUUACGUAUGGUGAGCUAUAUAACAAAUCUGUUAGUCUGGCUAAAGGCCUUGUUCGUUAUGGAAUUCAACAAGGGGAUGUCGUUGGUGUCGGCGGAAACAACACAGUAGAGUAUUUGAUUUGUAUGUAUGCCAUUCAGAUGACAAGGGCAAAACCACUUCAUCUAACAUUUCAUAUGAAAGAUGGAUCCGACCUCAAAAGAAUGAUGCAACUGGUUGGCAACUGCAAAAUGAUAAUGUUUGAUCCAGGAGAAGGCGACAGGCACUUGCAAAUCAUUCGUAAUUUCAUGUCAAUUAAUCCGCAAAACGGUCAAGUGACUCAAUGCGAAAUUCCGGAUUUAAAAUUGGCUGUUUUGCUCUCACCACCAACGGAAGCAGUAGAACGAUUCACAUUGCAGGACCUGUACAAUGAUGGAAACGAUGUUCAUCUUCCACAGAUCGAUCCAGAUGAUACUGCAGCUAUAUUGUCAACAUCUGGAAGUACAGGAUUUCCAAAGGCGGUGGAAUUUAGUCACUACAGCAUUUUAUUAAACGGAUACAAUAUUCAUUACUUACUGCAAACUGAAUCAUUUGAUAAAGAAGAAUUAGUUUACUUCAAUGGUGGGCCUUUUUAUUGGAUGGGUGGAUAUCCACAUUGGGAAAUAGUCACUGGUGGGACGCGUAUAACACAGGCUAAUUCCUUUGCACCUACAUCAGCGUCAGCAGGGACUAACUAUGUGAUAGAAAUACUACAGAAAGAGCGUCCUUUCUGUGCAUCUUUUGGUACGCCGAUGUUACAACAGAUACUGCAUCGAGAAGACACUCAUAUAAAAAUACGCUCUGUUAUGACUGGAGGUCAACCUGUUCCAUCGACAUGUCUUGAUGGUUUGGGUAAGAUAUUCGACAGUUUAUCUGUUGCGUAUGGUGCAACAGAACUCGGAUUUGGAGCAGGACAAAUAUAUACUGCAUCAUCAACAUUGUCGCAAAAAUACCUUGGAGUUGCACCACUGUCAGGGGUUGACUUGAAAGUAGUUGACCAUAAUGGUUUGAUCGUGAAAUCACAAGCCAGUGGAGAAGUUUAUAUUCGAACCCCAGUUCGAUUUGAAGGAUACGUUAAUAACGAAGAGAAGACGAAAAAGGUUAUCAUGCCUUAUGGCUGGUAUAAAACUGAUGAUUAUGGUUACAUAGAUGCCAACAAUCGCUUAGUUAUAUCUGGAAGGAUUUCUGACGUAAUGGAGAUAUCUGGUGCUAAGGUUGCACCGUUUGUUAUUGAGGCUGCAAUGAAAAAACAUAAAGACGUCAAGGACGUAGUUGUCUUUCCUAUUAAACAUCCACUGACAGACAAUGAUAUCCCAUGUGCGUCAGUACUUACGCGGGAGGGAGCUAACAUCACCGAUGAUGACCUUCGAAAAUUUACCAGAGAAACUAUGAAAAUUGACGAAGAAGUAAAGAUGUUAGAGGACGCAUACGUUCCCAAGCACAUUUUAUUUUUGGAGGAUUUACCAGUAACCGGUACCGGGAAAACAGACAGAAAAGCAACUAUAAAACUCUCCGUGCCGUUGAUUGAUAUUUCUAAUGAUGUCUUCAGAAAUACCAGGCGUAGAAUGUAUUGA